AUGAAGGAGGUGUCGGCGUCGGACAAGGGGCGGCGGCGGGGGGAAGUUCUGGAUGCGCCGGAGAAUGAGUACGUGUGUCAGCGGACGAUGGCCGGCGGCGGAUCCAUUGCGGCGGUCGGGCUUCUCUAUCCGACGGCUGACCCGGAUCUUUCGUUGAGGCAGAACAAGGACCUGGAUUAUGCUGAUCGGCUCGUGAAGAAACAGAUGAGGGCCGUGUGGCUGUUUCGGGAGGUUGCAGCUAAGCAUGGCGGCAUUUUAUGGCGAAUGAAUGAAGUUUAUGGAAUAGAGACGUCUUGCGUCAUAAGCUCUAUGGACGAGGAUGACAACAACUGUGACAUGUUGCAGAAAGAGAACACUUAUUUCACCGAGAUAAACAAUGUACACACAGGUUCCCCCAUCACUGGGAACUCUUUUGCUUUCAAAUUCUCGAAAAUAUUGCAUCAGAUUUUAGCCCACGCCCUCAUACCCUCGCCUCAUCUCCUCUCUUUGAGCCGCAAUCCCACCUCCCUCAGAAAUUCCCUUCGGCCGACAGACAACCGGCGAAGCGAGGCAAGUGAACCGCGAACAAGCAGCAUAGGCGGAGAUUUUCCCGACAUCGAGCCGCGAUCCAACCUCCGACGAGCCCCGACCCUGUCCCGCAACCGAGGAGUUCCAGAGGAAGAGCCUCUGUCCGCGACUGAAGGGACCCCUGAAGCAGCGAGGUCGAUUUUUCCGGGCGGCUCACGACCGAGGGCAAACAACCAGCUCCGUUCAGCAGUUCCGGUGACGCUCAGCCGCGAGGCCGCCUCGUCAACCAGCUGCAGCCCGUGUUCAAGCCCGUCAAAGCCCGCGUGUUCCCCAGCAGUGCAACCCAACGGCAGGUCCGAGCCUCUUUGUUCAGCAGCCAAGAAGCCGAGAGUAACGAGCCGGAGCCUUUGCUUUUAUUUGCCUUAA